UCUUACUUUCAUCAAUACUGCAGUUAAAAAGGUGGUGAAAUAUUUAUUGUUAUUGAAAGCUGUGAUUAUAAACCAAAAAAAAAUAUAAUGAGUUAUUCAAUUUCAAUACAAAUUAAUAAAUGUCUUUAAGAAUAAAUCCUCAUAAUAUUAAACAUAAUGUAAUUGGUGAUUCAAUCAAAAUAACAAUGGAAAGAGGAAGAAGUUCUAGCAGUUCUGAAAACUUAUUGGACGAUUUUGAAGAUGAUUAUGUGGUCAAAUCCAUUGGUGCAUUUGGUGUGUGGCAAGCUACAGUAUGUGUCAUAGCAGCUUUAGUAAGAUCAGCUGCAAUAUGGAACAUGCUAUCAAUCAUUUUCCUGACUCCAGCUACACAAUUCGUAUGUGUCAAAUUUGAAGAUAAUGCAACAGUGUUAGCUCAAAACUCAACAUGCUACAAUAACUGUGUGGAAUAUAUGUAUUAUGAAGAGGUAUUAGAAAAGACUUUGGUAUCAGAAUUUGGACUGAUUUGUGAUAAUGCUUGGAAGGCUAGUUUUACGCAAUCGAUGUUAAUGUUUGGAUUUUUAAUAGGAGUGUCUCUAUUUGGUUGGAUUUCAGACAGAUUCGGUCGCCGCAUUGGUUUGAUAAUUUCUUGUACUUUGAACAUCACAUUUAUGUUAGCUGUUCCAUUUGCUCAAAGAUACUGGAUAUUUAAUAUCUUGAGAUUGUUUAUAGGAAUGGCCUCUGGUGGCACAAUGAUUAUCUCUUUAGUAUUUAUCAUAGAAAUUGUUGGGCCACAGCAUAGAGAGGCUGCUGGAAGUUUAGCUAUCCUGCCUGAUGGAUUAGCCCAAGGAUUGUUAUCAGUAUUUGCUUACUACUCGGUGGAUUGGAGAAUGUUCCUUAUGGAGUACGCUAUAGCAUCUGUUAUAAUUUACAUGUUUAUUAUUUGCUUACCUGAGUCACCGAGAUGGUUGAUGUCUAAAGGUAAUGCUGAAAAAGCUCUUGAUGUCUUGACAAGAGCUGCAAAAAGAAACAAAUUGAACACAGCACUCAUUCGCGAAAAUAUAGCCAUGGCGCUAGAUGAAAUGCUAAUAAAUGACAAAGAAAUACGCAAAUCUUCAUACGUGGAUCUGUUUAGAAAUAAAACCAUAGCAUUCAAAACUAUAUCUUCAAUAAUUAUUUGGAUCUCAGCUGGAGUUUGUUAUUUUGGUAUUAACCAAUACAUAACUUUUAUUGGAUCCAAUGUUUUCAUCACUGUUAUAUUGCUGGGUUCCAUUCAGAUCCCAACAUGUCCCUUAGCCAUGAUGAUGAACAAAACAUUUGGACGCAGAGCAUCAACGGUUGCUACUCUUUCUCUCAUCGGCAUCACAAUGACUAUCCUCAUGUUUGUGCCACCAGGACAUACUGGCUGCACGGUCCUAGGCAUCAUAGGGUUCGCAGCGACCUGCACUACAUUCGGAGUUCUUUGUGUCUACGUUUCUGAAUUAUUCCCCACUCCAUUGCGGACUAUGGCUUAUGGUUUAAGUUCUGGUGGAGCAAAAAUAGGAGCAAUGGUUGCACCCUUUAUAGCUACUAUCAAUCCUCACUGGAUACCUUCGUUGAUUUUUGCAGUUUUACCUUUUAUUGCUUCAUUGUUUGGUGUUUUAUUACCUGAGACCAAAGGUAGACAAUUGCAAGAUAUGAUGUGAUUUCUGUAGACCAUAAUUUUCUCAUGAAUAAACUUAUCUUAAAUACUUAA